UUCGAAGUGGAUCCGUGCUUGUGUAUUCGAAACCAUUCCAAUCGGAUUUCCUCAGAAUUAGGGCUUCAGGGUCGAAUCGCGAGUCUCGUUGCGUUCUCUUCAAGGUGUUUCUUCUCAAAUCUCAUUACAGCUCUAUUGUAUCUGCCGCCACCAUUGCCAUGAAGUUCUCAAAUCUAUUAUGUUAUUAGUCAAUAUUUUCUGGGCAGAGCACAUAGUGAAAUCGUAGACUUUUUGAGUGACAAGAAGAGGCCCUUGAAGACUUUUUAAGUUGGAAAUGAAUUCAGAAGCCUCGCAGGUAGCUAAGGUUUACCGCCAGCUUCUCAAAGCUGUAAAGAACCAUAUUGGAAAGGAAGAGAACAAGAAGCAUUUUGUGGACUAUGUGGCUCAGAAGUUCAGGGAGACAAGCACAGUUUCGAAACCCCAUUCUGUUCAACAGAAAAUCAAGCUUGCUCGCGAUUACACAUUUCUACUUAACAGCGUGCACCAUCAAAAGGACUUGCUGUUCUCGUACAACAUUGCUGUUGAUAGAUCAGAUGAAAUGAAGCGGAUAUUGGGCAAGUCUGCAGCAAGUGUGGGGCUUAAACUUCCGGAGGUUUAUCAACCCUGACGCCCUGUGGUUGUUUUAUUAAGCAGAAUUACUUUGUUCCUCCUAAGAAAAGAAGAAUAAUGACUUCGAUGAGCUGCCUCUGUACCAGCAGACUUUAAUAUUGUUGAUCUUCUACCAUCUGAUACUUCAGUUUUAUGUGCAUUGGAAGAAGCAAAGUUCAGCUACGAAGGUUUUAUCUUUCCUCUUAUUACAACUUCUGAGGGUGAGUUUGACAGCAAUCUGGUGAGUUAUUUGUUUCAUUUCCAUAUAAUAUGUACUUCAAUAACGUGAAAAAGAGCCGUUGAAUUUUGAUCAAGAGGCACUUUGACUUAGUUGGAUCUUAGUUGUAGGUGUUUUCAUCGCAAUAUAAUCAACCAACCGUUUGAAGUUA